AACACACAUGUUUUGGAGUUCCUCCUGUUGAGAGCGACAAAACCCUAAAUUUUGGCUCUCCUCAAACCCUAAAUUUUGCAGCAAUGGGCAAGACAAGUACAAGGUCUGAUUCAAAGUCCAACAACAAGUUCGAAAAGAAGCUUCAAUUUUAUUCCAAGGUGAAAGAUGCCGUGGCUUCCUUGAGUGCCCAAAAGUCUAUUACUAAGAAGAAGAACAAACAACAAAGGCGUCAGAACAAAUUGAAAGCAUAUAACCUCUCUUCACUCUUAGAAUCCCUUCCUGAGUUUAAGGAGUCACGAAAACCAGGUCGUGAGGAUGACUUCAAGCUUAAUUGUAAAUCUAGGAAGAAGUUAAUAUUGAAUGAAGGAGAACGGUUGUCUGCUAUUCUUAAGGAUCAUCACUUCCAAGCAGAUCCCCUUUCUGCCAUUCAUCAACACUUACAGAACACACAACCGGUUGUAAAGGAACAACCCAAGAAAAAAGUGAACAAAAAUGGAUCCAAGAAGAAGAAAUCAGAGGCUUCAACCAGACUACAGUCUAUGUCUAUGGAUAUUUAAUGUCCGUGCAGCUGCUAUAAUGUUCUGCUUUUUUCAAGGUCUUUCCAUAAUUCCAUUACUCUUGGAAAACAUUAGAUUACUCUAAUUGUAAAUUAAAAUAUCUUGAAUUUCUAAACUAGUGUCAAUGGUUAUGUCUAUGGUAGUUGAUCACUAAUUGUGAUAUUAGUAUCCAUUGAACAGGCGUGACUGACUUUGUGCUGAGCAUAGCAAUUCCAUAUAGUAACAUAUGAAACCACCUCAUAU